UAAAUUAUUAUCACAUACAUUCCCUAUUCUCUUCUUCCUGUUGCGUUCAAAAUGGGUGGUUCUACUAGGAAAGGGUUUAACCUGCUAGUGGUUGGGGUUGUGGUGGUGGUUACCACCAUGGUGGGUACGUGCAGCGCUAACUUCUACGACGAUUUUGAUCUAACAUGGGGAGAAAACCGUGCAAAAAUAUUCAAUGGAGGGCAGCUUCUCUCUCUUUCGCUCGAUAAAGUGUCUGGCUCUGGCUUCCGAUCCAAGAAAGAGUAUAUGUUUGGCAGAAUUGACAUGCAACUCAAACUUGUUUCUGGCAAUUCCGCUGGCACUGUUACUGCUUAUUAUUUGUCAUCAGAAGGGGCAACACAUGAUGAAAUAGAUUUUGAGUUUCUAGGGAACGUGAGUGGUGAGCCAUACAUUCUCCAUACGAAUGUGUUCAGUCAAGGUAAGGGCAACAGAGAGCAACAGUUCUAUCUUUGGUUUGAUCCCACAACAAAUUUCCACACUUAUUCUAUCAUUUGGAACCCCCACCACAUCACAUUCUUGGUUGAUAACAUCCCAAUAAGGGUAUUCAAGAAUGCUGAAUCAGAUGGUGUUCCAUUCCCAAAGAACCAGCCAAUGAGAAUCUAUUCGAGUCUUUGGAACGCAGAUGAUUGGGCCACAAGAGGAGGUUUGGUGAAAACCGAUUGGUCCAAAGCACCCUUCACGGCCUAUUACCGCAACUUCAAGGUCACGGGCUUCUCCGCUACUUCUGCCUUCUCUGAUGUUGCAACAUCAGAGAUACAGAAUAGCGGAAAAGACAGCGUGCUCGAUGCCUAUGGCAGAAGAAGACUCAGAUGGGUUCAGAAGUAUUUCAUGGUCUAUAAUUACUGCAACGAUCUCAGGUUUUGAUCAUAGACAUGGAUUCGGUGUUCUUUAAUUUGGCAACAUAUGUAUUAUUGUGUGCCUGUGUUAUCAUUCUUUAAGUUUAUAUUGUGUUAAUAAGGAUUUUUUU